AUGCUAUGGUUGUGGCUUUCACUGAUGCUUUUCAAAGCGUGGCUGAUUGCAGGGCCUCGCGAGGUCCAGUGCCAGACUGCUUUUGGAAAGAAGCGGCAGAACAUAAGUGUCCAAGCACGGCUGCUUGAACCAUGGAGUCUGGAGAAGGAUUCAUUGCAGGCUGCAGAUUCUCUUGCGCACCACAUUGUUGGCGUGGUGUGUUGCAGAGCAGAUUUCAUUUAUGAUUGUGGAUGUAUUUUGACACGCUCUCAGAAUGCUCAGCGUCUUCACUGGCAACAUUGGGAUGUGAGUGAGAAGGACUUGUGGUUUUUCAAAGUGCAAGACAUGGUUCUUUUCAGAGAGCCUCUGCCAUGUGAUCAAUAUGUUCAGCAUUCCAAGAGCCAGGUGUACGACGUGAUUUCUGCAGACUGUGCUGCAGAGCUUGGCCUGCAUGUAGCUGAGCUUCCGAAUGGUAGGCCACAGUGGUUGUCUCAAGACCCCAGGUUGUGCUUCAAGUUUCCUCCUCGUUUCGCGUACCUCCUUAUGCAUAAUCCUACAUGGCGAGACGUUUGCCUUCCUUCCCCGUUCAUUCGCGGAAGGUUCCAUGUAGCGGAAUGGAAGCUAGACAUGAUGUCACAUGCUUUUGCCAGGGCUUUCCAAGGCCUGCAGUCGCGACCUAGGCCCAGCCCAAGUCCAGCAAACCAGGCCUUGUUUACAUUGCGGGAUUGUCAGAACCUUGCUGAUGAUAUUCGCAACGUCAUGUGCCAGUUGCCAGAAGACAAGCAGGAAGAGUUGAUACCGUGGGUCAUGCAACUACAAAACACUUGCGACCAGAUAUCCGGACCCAAAGAGCUUUCUGCCAAAUUUCACAAGAUGAUUGAUUUCGUGUUUCUUUGUGAUCUAUUGCAUGAUGUGUCGCAGGCGAAAGAGGCCAUUCACAGGUCUAUGAAGCUUUGCCUGCCGGCAUCUUUGCACGACGUCGCAGAGAUGCACCUGAACGAAAGCCGGCUUUUUGACAAGAGUGAAGUGAGUCGUUUCAGACUUGUUUUUGAUGUGGCAUUCAUGAUGUGGCAGCGGGCAGUUUCAUGGAUCACACAAGCUGUGCAAAAGCAGAAGGUCGCACGUUACUUGAUGUGGGACUCUUCCCCGCAGUUCAGACGGGAUUAUGAGAUGAUCCGACUUGUGUCCGUGCCAGAAUCCGAACUGCAUUUCCUGUAUGAAGCAACUGAUUGUAUGGCUGCUAUGUGGUUGGAAGGAGGUCGUUACGACUUGGAAAAGGACCUGGAUGAACAGUCUGUGAAAGACGACAGUCGGGGUGAGGAGGAGGAGGCAGCAUUGAUGCAAAGAGCUCGGUCUGUGAUGCGGCCGCAUGUGCUGCCCGCAGUGCUUUUGGGGUUUGGGGCGACGAGUUUACCGCACAAGUUCCACGCUCUGGCCCAUGCUUUUCGCUUGGAACAGUUCAAUGGCUCAGCGUUGGAUUCAUUCUGCAGAGAGAUUGUUAGUGUCACUUCGGACUUUGGCGUAGAGCACAUGUUGGGUCGAGUGGCAUCCGUUCCUAUCAGCUCCACGUGCCAGUUCUUUGCGGAUACAGAUGAGCAAUCAAUACAAAGUGUCUUGAAAUCUUUGCCGAAUGCCAGGCCAGAUCCGAGUGAGGUCAUCUUUGAAGAGCCAGCCUCGGCUCGGGCUGUGAUAGACUUGCCUGGCGAGCUGCCCAACAAUCCCAUGGACUUGAGUGACGAUGUUGGUCAGGAUGCUUUUGAUUUGGAUCUUUCAAACAAUCCAGAUCUCCUCGAAUCUCCAAACUUGGAUCCUGUACCCAUAGGUGUUGACGAUUCUGACGAACCCGAGCGUGAGGUAGACGAAAUUUUUGAAGAAGUCCCUGAGCCCCCGUCCAUAGACUUCAAAGACAUGCUCACUUUCCCAGGCGUGCAUCAUGUCUUGGACAAUGCAGUGAACGGCAUGUCAGGCGUUAUGGCCAACUAUGAGGAACUCAUGCCCCAGGCUGCGAAGUUAUGCAGGUUUUUGCGGAACUCUGAGACCCGAGACAUACUCCUGGAACGUUGCUUUGGUGGUCCUGUCGGGUUGCAGUUCAGAAAGGAGCUUCGGGAAUUCCGCGGAAACAUUUACCCCGGAAGGUGGGGUACAGUUGCUUUCAGCGUGCCGCUUCUUUUAUCUGUGGAGCCUGCUCUAAGGUGGGGAUGGGACAAGGCUCGAUACUUGCAAGAUGCGAAUGCAAGGACGGCCGCUGUUACAGCGAUUGUGGAGGAAGUGGACCAAGCGAUGGGUUCAUCCUUUUUCUGGGCGUGGCUUCGGGUUGUUGAUAUGUUAGUUCGAGCAAUCCGAAAAACAGCAGCCCGGUUAGAAGGUUGUUCGUGCCACUGGGGGUUGCUUCGGAAAUCACGCAACAUGGCAAAUUUUCCCCGUGCCAUUCGGAGGCGUUGGAUGUCGUGUCCGAUGCGAGGGCUAAGGGCUGCUGAACUUAGCAGCGGCGACCUGCUGUUCGUAGCGGGCAUCAUUUGCGACAAUUCAGCAGUUGAGCUUUUGCAGAGGCUGCCGGGGGACAUAUCGGCAGCAGACAGAGCAGCCUUAUUAGCAGAGUUUGAUGCUGGGCGCUCGCACUUGUGCUUCUACUUGGCUCUAAAGCUGACUGCUUUGGAGGAAUGGCCCUGGAAGAUAUGUGGUCUGGGGCACCUAGACACUGAGAGUGCACAUGAUGUUCUUCGUCAGGCUCUGGCCACCCCUCAUACGGAUGCGAGGCUUUCUGCGUUGAAAGGGCCGCUGCGUCCUUUGUGUGUUCGAUGGCUGGAAGGUGAAAGCCUUUUGGCGGACGGCAUGGCCCCGUUGCUGUCCCUUGUAGCUUCGCUGCGAUUCAUUCCGAUCAAUGAGAGGCCAGCAGAGGCACUGCACCGUCAGACGAAGCUGCACGGUCGAAGUCGCCCCUGUCAUUCUGUUGCUCUGAUGUCAUUGAAGCAAAGAAUGCCCGAAAUCAAGGCUUUGUUUGAAGACAGACCCCAAGCGUUGCAUGACAUGGCACACCUGUGUCACGAGAUUCGCAACAAUCGGUUGAGUGUUCAUGCCGUUGGUCUGCAGAACCACCCGACCCUGCAAGGGUUGAGAGGCCGGAACUCUCAUCGACAUCCCUUGAUGGCUCAGGUGAUUUAUCAUGCUGAUGCUCGCACGUUGUAUUCCAUUGAGGCUCCAGAGCUUGCCAUGCGUCCCGGAGCACCGCCGCGUGCACCUGCGCCCAAUGAUGGAGGUGACGGUGGACCUGGGCGAGAGAAUGGGGACGAUCGCCCAGAGGGCGAUGAUGACGAGGCCGGCUUUGGUGCCGGCGACGACGACUCCGAUGCAGCGAGUUCUACUGGAGCCGGUGAACUUGCGGCUGCAGUAGAGAGACAUGAGGGCGACACGACGGGCAUUGCUCGAGUGCUGGAACGUCAGACAGCUGAGUCCAAGCUGUUGCUGCACGCACUGAUGUUGAGCCGGUUAUGCGGUCUUAUGAAAGAUGAAGACCACUUCCUUUCACUUCCAUAUCCUGCCAAAGCCAUGCGAACCCUGGCUACUGCUUUAAGGAUGGGCCAGCAGCCAGGCUAUCAGCCCGGUAGUGAUAUCAAUUUCGAUGCAGAGCUCGGAGUUCGCCCACCAAGAGGCACAGAGCUGCCGAUCGAGGCGACACUCGCGCACAAGCGAGAGCUUACUGCUGCAGCACGUUCCACGAUGUUCUUCAAGGUUGUGCGGUCCAAUCCGGGGUCCCUCAAGCGCAACAAAGUGGAGAAUGAGAUCGGCUUCAAAGCAGCCGACGUCGUCGUGGCACCUCACAGGCUGUGUUGCAUCCAGGCAUCUCAGAGGCGGGUCGCUGUUGAAGCCACGUCCCUGCAGCUUCCUUCUCGGACACGGGAAUCGAUGGCUGGAAGCAGUGUGAUCAUCAGCUUUGCAGCCUUGGAGUGUGAGCAGCUGGCCGAGCUUCGUGUGUGGGAGACUAAAGCUGGCGUCCAAUGUUUCAUCAAGGCUGACCUGUUGCCAGAGUCAGAAAAGUGGUCACGUGACAGACAGGAAGCAGCAGGCAUCCUUCUAAGCGAGUUGGUUGAGACUGCUGCUGGGGUGCGAGACACCUUCUGGCGACUGGCCGCUGAGAGAAGGGAGCUUUUACGGCUUUUUCACGGGCGUGGUUGGGUGGAGAAACGACAGGACUCUGGACUUUGGGUGAUGACACCUGCAGGAAAGACUGCUGUGGACAUCUGCUUCUUUCUCUGCAAGCCCGAGCCAGUGUUGGAAGUUCGAGCAGAUGUCCCGCUUGAAGACCUUUCACCGUGGGAGCUGGCUUUGAUGUUGCUUCGCAAGGGGUUUCAACACGUGGUGGAACCUCGCUCAAAGAAGGAUGCUGACUUUCUGCCAGGUGGUGAUGCCAAGAAGUGGUAUUCCGCACCGAAUGCAACAACUGCCUCCAAGGAAUACCUGCGGUGUUUGCUGCGGGGUGAUCUACAGGUUCCACAUUGGAAGCCCAAUGGUUUUUACACAGCUUUGCUGGCUGGGGAGCAAUAUGAACCAAAGCCACGGCCAUUACAGAUGUAUGUGUGCGAUGAGGACGACAUGGAACCUUCUUUGCCCAAGCCAACUCGAGCUAGACGAGCACAGAAGGCUCCCCGGAAGCGGCAGCCACAGUCGCCGGCAGCUGCGUUGGAACAGGAAUGUUCAAGAUCGAGCGAUGAGGACGACGCAGCAGCUGAGUCUCGUGCAGUGCCCGUGCCAAGAUCAGCAGAACCGGCCGCGCGAGCAGCCAAUGUGAACAACAGCUUUGCCUUUGGCUUGAACCAUGUCACCCAGGUCUUCAAGAAUGGUGUUUUCGACGGUUUUGAAAUGACAUGCCACCACCCAGACCACAAGACUGGCAGCCAGAAAUGUCGCAAACAUGUCAAAGCCGUGACCCGCUCUAGGACGGAAGCUGAGACGUUGCAGAUGCUGAAAUGUUGGGGUGCCUGGGGUGCCAAAGUAGCCACGAGGGAGAAGCAUGCCAAUCUUUGGAACAAAGUCGUGAAAGCCCAGCAAGAUGGCACUUUGCCAGAGACAGUGGAUCCAGUCAUGUCGUUCACGAGAGCGAGCCGUGAUGUCGCUGCAAAGAAGCGUGCCCGGCGGUGA